AUGGACACUCACCAGGUCUGCUCCGCGUGUCUCGGGCUGGAACAUGCCCGCGCCGCUGUCAGCAACGCGAGCUCGUGCGCCGACUGCGCCCGCUUCACAGCGAAGAGUCUCCGCCGACGACUAGCACGCCAAGCUAGCGUCUCUGAGAGGGACCCGAUCCUUUCCAGUGCCAAUACCGAGGAACCCCAACCCGGUGUGGACGAGGAGGACGCUCCCGAAUCAGAGAUUCGGCACUGGGGCUCCACGCUGGAUUUGCUUGACCCGCUAACAGAGCCACCCCUCAUGUUGGAUUAUGAGGAGGAGGAUGAGUUCGACGGCGGGGAUUGUCUGGUGUCGGACGGUGACGACGAGGAUUAUGAAUCCUGCUUUGUCCCACCUUCACAGGCUCUCAGCUCUCCAAGCCCUGCAAAGGGCUCGGUUGGGACAAUUACGCCCCAGCCCAGUGGCGACAUGCACGAUGUGUGUAAACGCGCCGCAGAGAGACUGAAGAUUCCAUGGCCCGCGGUCGUGGCGGAGGCCUCAAGGUCCCGCUACGAGGGGAAGAAAUUACCCCAAGCAAAGAGGGCUGCGAGACAACUUCUCCCGGUGUUCCCGGAACUCCUGGAGGAAGUUACCGCCUCAUGGAAGCAGAACCCUUACUCCAGCAAAACCACCAUUCAAGGUGCGUCUUCCUUGGAUAUUGAGGGGAUGGAUAAGCAUGCCAUGGCCCGCAUGCCUCCCAUGGAGCCCCUGGUGGCAGCACACCUUCAUCCACGGCUGUCAGCUGCCUCAUCCAGGGCCCCCACACUUCCCACGAAAGCCGAUCGCUUCCAAUCUGCCAUGACUGAGCGAGCUUAUAAAGCAGCGGCUUUGAUGGUGAGGGCUCUCAACGUCACCUCCAUGUUGUCAGCUUACCAAGCGGAGUUUUUUGACGACAUAGCCGACAUGCCCGAAAGUUCCGCGUGGGACGAGAUCACCACAAUCGCGGAUAUCUGCCUACGCGUCCAGCGAUGCGCUGUACAGGCGGCAGGCAAGUGCAUGUCGAUGUUGGUGUUACAAGAGAGGACGAGAUGGCUGAAUCUGACCAAUCUGUCCGAUAGAGAGAAGGAGGACAUCCUGGACAUGCCUAUUGUCCCCGAGGGUGUCUUCGGCUCCGCCCUCGCCUCAAUGCAAAAGCGCUGUGAGGCGAAGAAAAAGGAGGAUGAGGCGCUACAGCUCUGCCUUCCGAGGAAAACACCUGCCGCGGCGCCUCCGCCCCCCCGGCAGACUUUCGCUCAGGUUGACUCUAGGAGCGCCGCUCCUGCUUUUCGCAUCCCGAAGCGCCCCAGGGCUCAACCGGGUGCGAACACCAACGGCCCCACGGAAACGAAGCCCGCUUGGCCGAGAAAGCCCUUCUAUUCCCCGUCAACCCAGACUGCUCAACCGGGCCCGACACCCAGGGGAAACAGCGUCCCACCUGUGGUGAAACAUCCCGUUCCGCUCGCUCCGAUCCUAUCAGACCGCGCAUGCGUAGUGAUACUCGGAAGAGCGCAGCUGGUAUGGGCCCCCAAAGAUCGUCUGUGUCAGACAGAGCUUCACUCACCCCUAACUUUGAGGCUAGAGAGUUGGAAAGCAUGCACAGCGUCAGAAUGGGUAUUGAGAACACUGGCCAAAGGCUACAGGCUUCAAUUCGCCACAAUGCCCCCCCGUUUUCCCGGCCUCGUCUCUUCCCGUGCGCAGGGAGAGUCGGCCCGGGUGUUACGGGAAGAAAUAUCAGCUCUAUUAAACAAAAGAGCCAUACGAAUAGUGCCACACAGUCAGGGACUGGAGGGUUUCUAUUCGAGGUAUUUCCUGGUCCCAAAGAAAGGGGGGACCUCAUUACGUCCCAUCCUGGACCUUCGCAUUUUGAACUCGUAUCUCAGGAGAUACAAGUUUCGCAUGCUGACACACUCAACGCUGAUACGUUUGAUCCGACCGGGGGACUGGUUCACAUCAAUCGAUCUGAAAGACGCGUAUUUUCACAUUCCCAUUUAUCCUCCGCACAGGAAAUAUCUGAGGUUCGCUUUUCAGGACACAGUGUACGAGUACCUGGUACUCCCAUUUGGCCUGUCACUGAGCCCGAGGGUCUUUGUAAAAUGUGUCGACGCCGCUAUAGCCCCCCUCAGGGAGCGGGGUAUACGCGUGGCCACUUAUCUGGACGACUGGCUGCUGCUGGCGCGCUCAGAGCAAGAGGCUGCGGCGCACACGAGCAUUGUACUGACACACCUGGCCGAUCUCGGUUUUGUGGUGAACAGGGAAAAGAGUGUGUUAACGCCGAGUCAGGAAAUUGCCUUUCUGGGUCUCACGUUAAAUUCACUAACCUACACGGCUCGCCUGUCAGCCGAGAGAGUGCACACUUUCAGGUCCACUCUCUCUCAUUUUGCCAUAACACGUCGGGUCACGUACGGACUGUGCCUCAGGUUAUUGGGACUGAUGGCCUCAACAAUAUUGGUGGUGAGGCUGGGCAGACUGUACAUGAGAGAUUUUCAGCGCUGGGUGGCUUCUCUCAGACUGGAUCCUGUGCGCCACAGACGCCGCAGUGUGACGGCUUGCGCGUCCUGCGCCCUCGCGCUGCUACCAUGGCAACGCCCGUCUAUGUUGACAGCGGGGGUGCGCAUGGGCGCAAUAUCUGCCAGAAAAGUGGUCACAACGGACGCCAGCCUGUCAGGCUGGGGCGGUCUGUUCGAGGGCAGAUCCGCGAAUGGGAUGUGGAGCACGGAUCUCAAACAUGCCCAUAUAAAUUAUCUGGAGUUGAUGGCAGUGUUUCUGACGCUGAAACAUUUUCUGCCGUUCCUCCGGGGACAUCAUGUGUUAGUGAGGACGGACAAUACGACCACGGUGGCGUAUAUCAAUCGUCAGGGGGCUGCCAAAAUUAACACUGAGUUACACACUCUUGCACGCAGACUGAUAUUAUGGGGCGAGGAGCAUCUCCUCUCAGUGAGAGUGACCCACGUUCCCGGAAUUCAGAAUGUGGGUGCGGACCUUUUGUCCAGGGGAAAUCCUCUCUAUGCGGAGUGGAAACUUCACCCGGCUGUAGUAGAUCAGAUUUGGUCACAUUUCGGCCGCGCAACAGUGGAUCUGUUUGCGUCGAGGGGGAACACACAGUGCCCACUGUUCUUCUCCCUGCACGACCAGAGCGCACCGCUGGGGCUGGAUGCGUUCGCUCACGAGUGGCCGCGCGUCCUGCUUUACGCUUUUCCACCUCUGGCUCUGAUUCCCCCGACACUGCUCAGGGUGCGGGAGAAUCGUCUGUCACUAAUUUUGAUCGCUCCUCACUGGCCGUCCAUGCACUGGCUGGCGGAAGUGAGACAGCUCCUCCACGGUCACCCAUGGCCUCUCCCGCUGCGCAGGGACCUGCUCUCCCAGGCGUGCGGACAGAUAUUUCACCCUCAUCCGGAGCGCCUCGCCCUGUGGGCUUGGCCCGUGAGUGGUUUAAUUUGAGCCUGACUGGAUUAUCACAGAAUGUUGUUAACACAAUUCAGAAUGCCAGAGCAUCAUCCACUAGGUCUCUUUAUGACUGUAAGUGGAGAUUGUUUGAGGAUUGGUGUGCUAAGGCACAGGAAAUCCCUUUUCAAUGUCCAGUUGGUACAGUCCUGUCCUUCCUGCAGGACUUGAUUGAUCAAAAGAGGGCAUUUUCUACUGUCAAAGUUUACUUGGCAGCUAUUUCUGCUUGCCAUGUUGGAUUUGAUGGGAAACCAGUGGGCCAACACCCCCUGGUUUGUCGUUUUAUGAAGGGUGCACGGAGGUUGCUGCCCGUCUCUAAGACUAUGUCACCAUCAUGGGAUCUAACAGUGGUGCUUGGAGCCCUCUCUAGUCAUCCUUUUGAACCAUUGGAUAACGUGGACAUGAAAACGUUAUCCUUGAAGGUGGCUCUGUUAUUGGCUUUGGCUACAGCUAAACGUGUAAGUGAUAUUCACGCUUUAUCUGUACAUCCAGCAUGUAUGCGGUUCACCCCGGGGAACCUUGGGGUGACGCUGAGACCGAAUCCUGCAUUUGUUCCAAAGGUUGUUAAACCAUGCUCCCCAGUGGAACUGUCAGCUUUUCAGCCACCUCCCUAUGGUUCUGCAGAACAGCAGCGGUUACACAUGCUGUGCCCUGUCCGUGCCUUACACACAUAUGUGGAAAGGACAAGGAGCUUUAGAAAAGGGGAUCAGUUGUUUGUGUCCUGGGCUAAGCCCCACUGGGGCAAACCUGUCACCAAACAAAGACUCUCUCACUGGAUAGUGGACGCCAUUGCAUUGGCCUACUCCAGCUCAGGCCUUCAGGUUCCGACUGGUUUACGGGCACAUUCUACUAGAGGUCUCGCGACCUCUUGGGCCCUGUUCAAGGGAGUCUCUAUCCAAGACAUCUGCGCUGCAGCUAGCUGGUCU